UAAACCAUUCGUUUGCUGUUCUAGAGAAAAGCCUUCAAUUGAGAAAAAAAUGCCUCCAGGUUUGACCCGUUUUGCCUAUAAAAGGAUUCUUCAAGAUAUGGACUUUCCUCAUCUUCUCGGAUAAACAGAAUCAAAUAGAUUUUUUUUUCCUCUUUCAAAAAUGCAUUUAUCUUCGUCUUCUACAUCGUUCACUUGGACAACCAUAAUCACAUUGGGAUGUCUUUUGCUUCAUUCAUCUUUGUCCUAUGCUCAACUUACCCCUACCUUCUACGAUAGUUCAUGUCCUAACGUCACUAACAUCGUACGAGAAACCAUUGUAAAUGAGUUAAGGUCGGACCCUCGUAUCGCUGCGAGCAUCCUUCGUCUUCACUUCCACGACUGCUUUGUUAAUGGCUGUGACGCAUCCAUCUUGUUAGACAACACGACAUCAUUUCGAACAGAGAAAGAUGCCUUUGGAAACGCAAAUUCGGCUCGAGGAUUUCCUGUGAUUGAUAGAAUGAAAGCCGCGGUGGAGAGGGCAUGCCCAAGAACCGUUUCGUGCGCAGAUAUGCUCACCAUUGCAGCUCAACAAUCUGUCACUUUGGCAGGAGGUCCUUCUUGGAGGGUUCCUUUGGGAAGGAGAGACAGCUUACAAGCAUUUCUAAAUCUCGCUAAUGCAAAUCUCCCAGCUCCAUUCUUCACACUUCCAGAGCUUAAAGCCAGCUUCAAAAAUGUUGGCCUCGAUCGUCCUUCUGAUCUUGUUGCUCUCUCCGGUGGUCACACAUUUGGUAAAAAUCAAUGUCAGUUUAUUCUGGACAGAUUAUACAAUUUCAGCAACACAGGUUUACCCGACCCUACCCUCAAUACUACUUACCUCCAAACUCUUCGUGGACUAUGCCCCCUUAAUGGCAAUCGAAGUGCCUUGGUCGAUUUUGAUCUGCGUACGCCUACAGUUUUCGACAACAAAUACUACGUAAAUCUCAAAGAGCAAAAAGGUCUUAUCCAGAGCGAUCAAGAGUUGUUCUCUAGCCCCAAUGCCACUGACACAAUCCCCUUGGUGAGAGCAUAUGCUGAUGGCACACAAACAUUCUUCAAUGCAUUUGUGGAGGCGAUGAAUAGGAUGGGAAACAUUACACCUACUACAGGAACUCAAGGACAAAUCAGGUUGAAUUGUAGGGUGGUGAACUCCAACACUCUGCUCCAAGAUGUGGUGGAGAUCGUUGACUUUGUUAGCUCUAUGUGAGAAUUGUUUACCCAAUAUGUGGCUACAAGAAUACAUAUAUAUUAAUGAAUAAAACCCUCAAGCUGUUACUUGAGAAUAUUUACUUUAAA